UUUCUCCCAGAGGCCACCGCCUGCUUCCCUCUCCUCGCAGCUCGAGAAAUUGCGUCAGAUGUUGCCCUGUUCACCCAUCCUGUUGCAGUCCAAGCAGACGAAGACGCUUGUAACAGCCAAGUCGUAUCUUCGCUGGCUCGACGGAGGCGUCAAAAUCCUCCCCCAGGCAUCAAGGAGCACAGAUGUACACGACUCGAGCGGCUGUCAUGCGGGGAGAAAGAACAUAUGUGUUCACAGCGUCAGGUGUGGCCCCGAGAACAGCGCUUUCGCGGGACACGACGCACUGCUCCGAUCAACAGUCAACUGCGCCAAGGAGAUAAAGGAUGCCUGUCCCUCGCCGUUUUCCCCGCAGAGGAGAACGGACCCGGCAGACCUCCGAAAGAUCCUCAUCCGGCGAAAGGUCUCCCGCGACCCCGAGGGACGUCGGCCAGGGGACGGGGCCGAGUCGCGUCCUCUCCUACUUCCGCUGAGCAGGUCGAGGCAGGAAGCGAAGAAGAGUUCCUUCGCCAAGGUCGACGGCUUCUUCCUGCACGUGAGCGCCUCGCCACCCCGCAUCCUGCAGUCUCAGAGGGGCCCUGCUACCCCCUGGCCGCAGUUUGAGAUCGACCUCGAGAACUCUCCGUUGCGACGUUUGCUAGAACGCGCAUGACCCGGAGGACGACUCCCUCUGCAGACAGAGCGGAUGUCUCGACCUCGCACCGCGCCUCGGCGAAGCUAGCGCCCCUCCGUCGCCUCGCGCGUGCCUCCUACUCUCGCCCUGGAACACCCGGCGCUUCGUGCCGCAGAGCCCCUCGCAGUUCAUCUACCAGGCCGAGUCCUUCCUCGUUGGCAGCGAUAGGUUGGAGCGCUCUCCUUCGCCUCCCGGGCAUUGCAAGAAACAUUACUGAUGGCUGAUCGCAUGUCAAAUCAGCAGAAAAGGAAAAUAUAGUUAAUGAAAGGAUAGGCACUUUCAUGCUAAGACCUUAGUUUUUAUAUCUGGCAGCGAUAUCUUUAAAGAGAAAAGGAACCUUAUUGUUAUUUCAUUUUGUUCACCCUUUCUUCGUGAUGUCCUCAUCACAUAAAAAUAUGUUGACGUGUACCUAUAGUAUGGGUGAUAUGUACCACCAGGUGGCAUUGACAAAGUAAAUCUUAACUGAU